AUGGCUGCAGGCACAAUCCAUACCCCCGUCCUUAUCGUCGGAGGCGGCAUUGUUGGUCUCAGCGCAUCCCUAUUCCUCUCUCACCACAACAUUCACUCCGCACUCGUAGAACGGCAUUCGAGCACAUCAAUUCACCCACGAGCUCGAAGCGUCAACGCGCGUACGAUGGAAAUCUUUCGCAGCAUUGGACUUUCCGAAAUUGUUCGUCAAGCAGGCGCCUCGUUGGCACCUAGUAAAGGUAUUUACCAUUCUAACGACUCUCUGAAAUCUUUUAUAAAGACCAGACCCAGAAGAAAGGAAGAUCCGUCCACAGAUUCAAGAGGGUGGUUGGUCAAAUGGGCACAGAUAGGACCUGAGGAUGGCACUUUUGUGACACAGGAUAUGCUUGAACCAGUCCUAGUAAAGGCCGCAGAGGAAAGAAGAGGAGAUCUCCGGUUCUAUACAGAAUGUGUAGAGAUCAAACAAGAUGAAGAGAAAGUGACUGCCAGCAUUCGGAAUCGGGAGACGGGUGAAACAGCUACAGUCAUUGCGGAUUAUCUGAUAGCAGCUGACGGAGCAAAUUCGCGCAUCCGAUCUCAAUUAAAUGUUUCUAUGACUGGACGUGGGACGAUGGGACACCUCCUCAACAUCUUAUUUCAAGCUGAUCUCAAGGAUCUCGUCGAUAGACGUGAAUUCAGUCUCUGCGUCAUUGACCGUGCGGAGGUUACAGGAAUACUAACAUCCAUCAAUAACAGAGAACGUUGGGUUUUUCACUUGAGUUAUGAUCCUUCCAAAAACGAGAAGCCGGAGGACUUUCCACCAGAGAGGUGUCAAGAGCUAUUACGAGUUGCGCUAGGUAUAUCGGACAUUAAAAUCAAAAUAAUAUCAAUAUUGCCCUGGCAACCCGCCGUCCGAGUCGUGACGAAACUUCAACAUGGUCGAAUCUUUCUCGCUGGCGAUGCGGCACAUCAAAUGCCACCGUAUGGUGGUCAGGGGGCCAAUACAGGCAUCUCUGACGCAUACAACCUAGCAUGGAAGCUUGCCCUUGUCCUGAAAGACGUGGCUAGUCCCAGGUUACUGCAAACGUACGACACAGAGCGAUUGCCGGUAGGAAAGGCUGCAGCAGAGGCGUCAACAGGUCCUGCUGAUGACCGUGGUUUGAUCUCUCCAUUCAAACUUGACUGGAAGAUUCUGCGGGGAUGGUCAAAGAUUGUACCGCUGGCAAGUGGAUUUGGGUAUGUGUACUCUAGUGAAAGCUCUGCGGUAAUUGGAGAAAACAAUUGGCCGCUGGGAGGUGCCACUUGGAAGGCGUGGAAUGUGCCGUCUCUUAUUCAUUCAUUGGACGGGAGACCCGGUUCUCGUGCACCGCACGUUUGGGCUGAGAAGGAUGGGAAGCCGAUUUCUACCCUUGAUGUUGUGGGAAAAGGAUUUGUACUGCUGAUUGGACGCGAAGGGCAUGAUGCUUGGACAAAUGCAGUUGACCAAGUGAAACUCAAGUUCAAGGGUCUGGAUCUUGCCGGACAUUGUGUUGGGCCCAAUGCCGAUAUUGUUCCGAAACAAAGCAAGGAAUGGGAGAUUACAGCAGGUAUUUCGUCCAAUGGAGCGAUACUGAUCAGACCAGAUAGAUUUAUUGCUUGGAGGCAGAGAAGACUACCAGCCGACGUGCGUGGUGCGCUAGAGGAAACUAUUAAAGAGAUAUUAUGUCUCUAA